CUCCCUCAGCUGGCAAACAUCUCUGCGCGAGCACCCGAGCCUUUGGUACAAGAAGCCAAGCCUUUGUUGGGCCUUCCUGGUCCCACAGACAGUGCCACCCACCUUGGUGCCAAGACACUCUUGUCUUACCUUCAACAUGUUUAUUACUCGAUCAUGGCUCUUCGGCCUUUCAAGGAGCCGUUAUCUUUCCUUCAGCUUAUUCGUCACGCGCGCACGGCCUAUCAUGUUCUGGUGGUUUCCGUUUUCUGCAUAGCCGGCGCUACUGUCUGUGCUCUAGCAGGCGUGCACGUCUUUCAUUGUAUUCGAAACAAGGUCUUCACACUUGAGCCCUUCAUCAUGAGGCAGACAGUUAAGGAGGUUGAGCCAGAGGGGGCAGGCAACGAGCGAGGGUGGAAUGGAGAGGUGGGGAGGAGGAGCAGUGAGGAGGGGAAUAGUGAGGUGCAUGAGUUGAAGGGUGAGUUGAAGGAUGAGUUGAAGAAUGUAUCAGCUGCCAUCUUUGCUGUUGUGGAGAAGGAGAGGGUAGUGGGAGCGCUGGAGCGUGAGUUGGGUGAGCUGAAGUGCCGCUUGCUUAAGGUGGAGAGUGAAAAGGAAGCGGCGGUAAAAGUGGCUGCAGAGCAGGCUGCUGCGGAGAAGGUGGGAUCAAUGGAGCGUGAGUUGGGUGAACUGAAGAAGCAUUUGCUGAAGGUGGAAGGUGAAAGGGAAGCCGCGGAGCAGGCAGCUGCGGAGAAGGUGAAUGACUUCGCGGGGGCAGUGGAGCGUGAGUUGGGUGAGGUGAAGAAGCAUUUGCUGAAGGUGGAGGGUGAACAGGCAGCUACGGUGAAAGUGGCUGCGGAAAAGGCAGAUGCAGAGAAGUUGAAUGAGUUGGUUGGAGCAGUGGAGCGUGAUUUGGGUGAGGUCAAGGGCCGUAUGAUUAAGGUAGAGGGUGAAAAGGCAGAUGCAGAGAAGGUGAAUGAUUUGGAGAAAGUGACGCGGGAGGGUUUUGCAGCAGUGAAGGGAGAAGUUGCAGCAGUGAAAGAGAAAGUAGCAGCAGUGGAAGGGGAGUUGGCUGUUCAGAAGGUUCGUCUGUUAGAAUCAGAGGCAGCAAGGGAUGAGGGCUUAGCAGCAGUGAAGGGAGAACUUACCUCAGUGAAAGUUGAAGUGGUAGCAAUGAAGGGAGAAGUGGCAACAAUGAAAGAGAAAGUAGCAGCAGACUAA